CAAUAGAAAUACAGACUUGUUUCAAUUUAUUUAAUUAUGUUUCUAAAUAUUGUGAAAAAAUCAAAAUAAUUUACCAAAUUUAAGCAGUUAAUAUUUGUUGUUGUUUGGUAAAAUCAAGCUGUGAAGAUAAUAUUUGAAGUAUUGAUUCUAAUUCUGGCCAGUGCAUAUUUACGAUAUCAAAUCUAUACAAAUAGAACUGUUCCGGAAAAUUGAACUGUUCGCAGAAUGAUAUAGUGAAAAGAGGCGACCUGUCAAGAAAAGUUACUAAAAAAAAAUAUAACUAUAGUCCUGCCAUCUACUCAUGAAAAAUACUGAUUUAAUGAAAUUCAUAUUAAAUUUUAUUAAUUGUCAAGUCGCUUUUAUUUAUACAAUAUGAUCCUAUAGUAUAUCCUUAUCCUUAUAUUCGAUAGCUUAAAACUGCUGAUCAAGUCGACGGCGUACCCCAGACAUCACUUUUGCUCGGUGUUGUAGUCUCAAAUGUCUCAUUUCUGGAAUGCGUAAGAUAGGUGUCUGCGAUUGAAAGUUGUACUGAUCUUCGUUUUUGACAUAAGUCGAGUUGAUGAUGCGUGGAGCGGAACAGUAAUCGGAACUACAAGCAAGUCUGUUUACCGAAACUGGCGUCUUCAUCAGAGUUGAAUUCUUUCUGCCUUGUUUAACCAUAUACUCCAGAAGUGCAACGAUCAAUAUAGUCAGUGCAAGGAAACAGACUAUUUUCAAAGAUAGCAACGAAAUGUAUCCGAACAUGUUUACGCUUUGAAGUUCCAAAAGUGAAUGUCCUUAUUAUCGAAUACUUCGUCCUUUUAUAUUAUAUUCAGGUUCAUUUCGUCUCUCGGAAUGCUGAUAAGUUGUUGCUAUAAAUGAAUUGGUUUAUACGCGCAUUUCUUCAGUCUGUUAUAAUUCAUGACCCAGUGAUGAAAUGUUUGUGAAAAUUGCAAGCAUAAUUUUAAUACUGAAUUUUUCAGUACUUAAGUGUGAAGAAGAACAAGUGCACACAUUAGAAAAACUGGGUACUUUAAAAAUAAAAUAUGGCAACACCACGGAAAUAAUUUUUCAAAUUAAAGAUCCAAGUAUCAAGUUGUUGCAAUCUCAGAUCGAAGUUCUGCAAGCUGAACAAAUUAAAAUGUUUGCCGAACUCAACGCAAAAAUUGACAAAAUAUCUACAAUCAACUUAGAAAAGACAAAUUUUGCCAACAGCUGUGCGGAAGCAACUUCACUGAGUCGUCGGAGUGGCGUCUAUCAAAUCCGAAUACCCGAUUACAGUCCAUAUCCGUUUAUGGUCAGCUGUGACGAGGAUGCCAACGGCGGAGGAUGGAUAAUUGUGUUGCGACGUGAAGACGGAAGUGUCAACUUUUAUAGGAACUGGAAAGACUAUAAGCAAGGAUUUGGAAAUAUGAACGGCGAAUUCUUCAUAGGCUUGGAAAAAUUGCAUAUGCUGACUAAAGAACAGGAUCAAGAAUUGCUUUUUCUUAUGGAGAAUUCGAAGGGCGAAACAAAAUUUGCAAAAUAUGAUCAAAUUGCGAUUAGUAGCGAGAAGAACUUGUAUGCUUUACAAACAUUGGGCGAAUAUUCUGGAGACGCUGGUGACUCUUUCUCAGGGCAAAUGAGUUACAAUUUUUCAGCUCGGGAUCGAGAUAACGAUGUAUAUACUGGAAAUUGUGCUCUUGAAUAUCGAGGUGGCUGGUGGUACAAUAAAUGUCAUGGCAGUAAUCUAAUGGGCAUAUAUAAUGAGACGACCUAUGGAAAAGGAGUUAUGUGGAACACAUUUUCGGGCUUAAAUGAUUCAUUAAAAAUGGCCAAAAUGAUGAUAAGGCCGCGGAGAUAAUAAUAAAGUCAAUCGAAGUCAAAUCAAUAUAUUACUAAAUAAAUGGAUUGUACUACUGCUUCUGUAUUAUAUAUGGAACAUCAAUAAACAACACUGUUUGAAAGA